UUCUUAAGUUUAAAACACUAAUAUGGAAUCUUCAUUAUCCGCGGAAUAUCGUCGAUAAGGUAGGGUGCCUAAUUCAAUGCUUAUUUUUCAGCGAAGACGCGAACCCACGAGGAGAUAGAGACAUAAUCAAACGUGACAUCGACUAUCGGUACCGGUAGCGCGGAUUUUCUGGCAAAUUCCAUGAAAUUGAUUACUCAGAUACCACGACUGGAGAAACUAGUUUCUUUGGGAUCGCCGGCGCGUACGCUUGCAAGGAUUUGCGUUUGCUUCAGCGAAGCAAAUACGUACGAACAAAAAGCCAAACGCUUCUACCUCGUAAGACAAUGGCUGCGAUAGAUUUAUCUCCCGCGAAAGACAACGGUGUGUUGAAGGAAAUUAUUCAAGAAGGACAAGGAGAUGAAACUCCUACGGUUGGUUGCAAGGUAAAGGUCCACUAUACUGGCACUUUGUUGGACGGGACGAAAUUUGACUCCAGCAAAGACAGGGGUAAGCCAUUCAAGUUUGAUCUGGGACGUGGUAGUGUCAUUAAAGCAUGGGACAUCGGAGUGGCGAGUAUGAAAAAAGGUGAAGUAGCUAUACUGACGUGUGCUCCUGAAUAUGCUUAUGGCAAAAAUGGUAGCCAGCCUUUGAUCCCGCCAGAUGCUACGUUAAAAUUUGAAGUCGAAUUGAUUAGCUGGAGCGGAGAAGAUCUAAGUCCAAAUAAAGACAAAAGUAUCGAGAGAUAUCAGAUUGUCGCUGGGAAGCCCUAUGUUUCUCCAGAAAAUGGCGCCAAAGUGAACAUACAUCUUAUCGGAAAAUAUAAUGAACAAAUAUUCGAAGACAGAGAUGUAGAAUUUUGCCUUGGGGAAGGAGAGAUUGUAGGAAUUGUGGAGGGUGUGGAGAUAGCGUUGAAGCGCUUUUUAGACGGAGAGAAGUCUAGAUUGCUAAUUAAAAGUAAAUAUGCAUUUAAGGAACAAGGAAACACUGAAUUCAAUAUUCCACCUAAUGCGGAUGUGGAGUAUGAAGUAGAACUCAGGAGCUUCGAGAAGGAAACCGAGAUGUGGUUGAUGAAGGCUUCAGAAAAGAUGGAACAAGCAAAGAUGCACAAAGAAAAGGGAACGAACUACUUUAAGUCCGGUAAAAUCAGCUUAGCUAUUAAAAUGUACCAGAAAGUUUUAAAGUAUUUAUCAAAUGUCGAGUCGGAUAGCGAAACGGACAGUGAAUCAAAUUCUGGAGAUGACUUUAAGCUGAAGAAGAAAGAUCUCGAGUUAGCGGCUCACUUAAAUCUCGCUCUGUGUUACCUGAAAACGGAUGAACAUAUCCUGGCGAAGGAAUCAUGCGAUGAAGCUUUAGAGUUGGACUCUCAGAACGAGAAGGCUCUGUUUAGAAGAGGAUUAGCACAUCUUGGGCUUGCAUCGCCUGAAGUUGCUAUUAAGGAUUUCCAAGAGGUCAUAAAAGUAGAACCGAAAAAUACCGCUGCGUUUAAGCAGAUUUUAAUUUGUAAUAACCUUAUUAAGAAGCAAUUAAGUAAAGAAAAGAAGCUUUAUGCGAACAUGUUCGAUAAAUUUGCGCAAGAGGAUAAACAGAAGGAGGAGGAAAAACUGAAGGAACAGCCGGAUGUAAUGCACGGGACUCUGGGAGAAUGGGGACAAGAAGAAAGACCAGGAGGUAGAGACGCGACUGCCUUUGAAAAGGAAAAUCCUAACAUACUUAUGCUCAACGCGAACGGCACCGAUGAAUUCCAAAACAUGUAAACGAUGGCUCGUAUCUCCUUUGCACUGCCCUGUGUACUGCCAAUUGAAUUUUUAUUUUUGGCACCAUCUAAGAGAGAGUACUGUUGUCACUCGAAAAUAUCGACAAAUGCAUGUCACACGUUAACACUGACUGAAAUUUUAACGAAUUUUUAAUAAUGUCCACAUUAUAUAUAUAUAUAUAUAUAUAUUGGCCUUUACGAUGUUAAUUAUUACAAUAAUUAAUUUAAAAAAUCUUCCCAAACGUCUUCUCUUAGAAAGACGAACGAAGUUUGUCGAAUUUUUAAAUAUUUUUUAGUGCGAUACAACUCAUUUUAAGGUUGUGUUAUACUUAUUUCAACAACUGCAUAUUAAUUUCCAAUUUUUACAAAAUAAUGGGCAACAGUAAUGAAAGGGCUGUCUGAAAGUAUAUCAUUCAAUUGCGCAUAGUGCCAUCGUUUAUAUUUAACAUAAUUAUUGUGUACAUUAUAAUAGCAUUUGAAGGGACUAUUAGGAUAGUUUCAUUGCAUGCUCAUCUCAUUAUGUAUGAAUUCGAAUGUUUGUCAGGAAUUGUAAAAAUAAUUUGAAAAAAUAUUAGAAGUAUACUACAUUGAUUAUAUCUAUACGAGAUAAUUAUAUAUGGAAAUAACUUACGAAGAAUAUGUACACUUCUUUAGAAAUGUACAUCAUUUUAAUUGAUUUACAAAUUGUGUGGGUACGAUAUUACAGAAUUAAAUUGUAAGAAAAGAAAUGAACGAAGAAUUUUGGUAUCAAUUAUUCAAUAUAUAAUUUGUUUUUUUUUUUACCUGUCAUAACGGACUUUAAAAAUUUCCUAUUGCUCAUAAUUAUUAAUUCGUAAAGUGAAAUAUAUAUAUAUAUAUAUGUCAUGCUUUACAAGUGAUAAAUUUACGUAAAAUGAUAUGUAUUGUAUUAUAAUAUAAUACAUACAUACAUGUUUUGUAUUUAAUUUUUCAUUCACAUGUAAAAUCUGUUUUGAAUUUUAUUUCGAAGCAUACUCGCCCAAUGCAAUUCUACUAUCAUUAACAGGCACAUAGUUAAAUAAAUAAACUAUUAUAAUAAAUAUGCAAAUUGUUUUUCCGAUAUUUCAACUGAGAUUUUAAACAUUACACAAGCAUAACCGAUCUUCAAUCGUACGACACGCUAACAUCAAUUUGAUGAUAAUUCACGAUACUUUUAAAAUCAAUAAAGAACCAAUAAGACCAAUAAAGAAAUAAAAGAAAAAACGUAACAAAUAUACAAGGUGUUUCGUCAGUAUUUUUUUCAAUUUUUAAGCAACGUAUCACAUAAGUGAGAGGUGUUGCGAAAUUUGUUGAGAUUAGAAUUAUUAUGAUUGUACUCGAAAUUGUAUUAAUUAUAUUUUAGUCACUGUGUAAGUAAAUACAAUUGAAACUGCGCGCAUAGUGAUAUACUUCGUCGAAAAUGGAAAUCACUUAGGAAGCAUAUCGAAAUGCGGGGAUAGUUUUUAAACCGUGGCGAAUUAAAAAUAGAGGUUUUUACCAACAACUUACAUAUACAAAUGGAAAUUUCGAAGUUUUUCAAUGAACUCACACCCUGACGAAAUCUUGGCUCGCGUCAUAUUCACAACAUUUUCCUUCUAACUUAUAUAACGCACUGAGAGAAUUUGACUUCUUAUAAUAUUAUAAUCACGUUACUGCAACUGUAAUUAACUUUUACACAUACAAGCCGAGAUCGUUGAAGCAAAGUUCACCUUAAAGAACAAGAUACUGUUAUCUGUAUAGGCGAUUCAAGAAAAAAAAAAACAAAGAAAGAGAAGUUGCUUAUUUUCUAUUUAUUUUAUUGGCCUUGUCUCCCGAGAGAUAUUCCCAUAUCUCUCGGUAUUAUUCCCGUUAAGAAAAAGAAUCGUUUCAUUCCUCGGCCUCCCGACAACAAGCGAUCCGACCCUCGCCGAGUGCGUGAGACAGGCGCGCUUGUUACCGGACACCCUGUGUAUGUACGUUCGAGACGACGGGAAUUCUUCUCUCUCGGAGCGCCCCCAGCCUGCCGCACCGCCCUGGUUCGAUAAAGAGAAAGAGAGAGAGGGACAAAAAUAGCCCUCUCCGUCUAGAGCGCAGACGUAUCAGAUAAGGCAUCUCCGGGUGCUGAUUGCCAGCCAGUGCAAGAACGUCCGAGCUCGCGUGACGACAGACAGUGCCGUCGUCGUCUGCUAGACCGGGGCGGCCGUCGUCUGCAGGAAAGGAUACACACUCGCCGAAAUAUGC